AUGUACAAGAUACAAUUCUUGUCUUGCAUUGCACUAACUCUUGCACUCAUUACACACAGUGCACCUCCUUCAAACUCUACAAAGGAAAUGCAGCAACUAGAACAAUUACUGCUGGACUUAAGGUCAGCUGCAAAUAGAGUUAAAAUUACAGAAAAGAAACAUCUUCAAUGCCUAGUAGAAGAACUUACAUCUUUGGAGCGUAUUCUAAACGUAGCUCUAGACAAAGAAAAAAACAGAGAAUUAAUCAGCAAUAUCAAUGUAACUGCUCUGGAGCUAAAGGGAUCGGAAACAGCAUUCCAGUGUGAUGAUGAUAACACAGAAACAGUUGACAGGUUCCUGAUCAACUGGAUUGAGUUUUGUCAACGCAUGAUCUCAACACUGGCUUAA